AUGGCGACUCAAACCAUUAACAAGGAUGCAAUCAGCAACCUUUCGUUUGUCCUGAACAAGCCCGGCGACGUCACCUUCGAGGAGCGGCCCAAGCCCACCAUCGCCGACCCCAACGAUGUCCUUGUCGCCGUAAACUACACCGGAAUCUGUGGCUCAGAUGUCCACUACUGGGUGCACGGCGCCAUCGGCGACUUCGUUGUCAAAGACCCAAUGGUUCUCGGCCACGAGUCUGCUGGCACCAUCGUCGAGGUCGGCUCUGCCGUCAAGCACCUCAAGGCCGGCGACCGCGUUGCUCUCGAGCCCGGCUACCCAUGCCGACGAUGUACAUUCUGCCGCGCCGGCAAAUACAACCUCUGCCCGGACAUGGUCUUCGCCGCGACGCCGCCAUACCACGGCACCUUGACCGGGCUGUGGGCUGCUCCCGCCGACUUCUGCUACAAGCUGCCAGACAACGUGUCGCUGCAGGAGGGCGCGCUGAUCGAGCCGCUCGCCGUGGCCGUCCACAUUGUCAAGCAGGCGCAGAUCCUGCCCGGCCAGUCGGUCGUCGUGUUGGGAGCCGGCCCUGUAGGCCUCCUCUGCGCUGCCGUGGCGAAGUCAUACGGCGCAUCAAAGGUUGUCAGCGUCGACAUCGUCCAGUCCAAGCUGGAUUUUGCCAAGAGCUUCUGCUCCACGCACACCUAUGUAUCACAGCGAAUCUCGCCCGAGGAGAACGCCAAAGCCAUCAAGGAGCUUGCGGAUCUGCCCAUCGGUGCCGACGCCGUCAUCGAUGCCAGCGGCGCAGAGCCGUCUAUCCAGGCGGGCGUCAACGUUGUCCGUGUGGGAGGCACUUAUGUGCAGGGCGGCAUGGGCAAGCCCGACAUCACAUUCCCCAUCCUGGCCAUGUGCAUCAAGGAGGUUACGGUCCGAGGAUCGUUCCGUUAUGGAGCUGGAGAUUACGAGUUGGCCGUUGAGCUUGUCAGGAGUGGCCGCGUUGAUGUUAAGAAGUUGAUUUCGAGCGUUGUUGGCUUCAAGCAGGCAGAGGAGGCGUUCGAAAAGGUCAAGACUGGGCAGGUGAUUAAGAUUUUGAUUGCCGGACCCAACGAGAAGGUGUAA